AGCAUCAGCAAUGCUCACGAUCGACGAUACAUACCUUAUCCUUCAUACUACUUCGUUUGCCUACCUCUAGCACGUGUUCGGUUGUUCAUCUGAAUGCUGCACAGCGCGACCAGCUGCAGAACAGGCUUGCAACUUGCAAGUCCUCUACACACCCACAGACAUGAGUCGGCCGGCGCAUCAAGACCGUGCCCUGCCCACAAGCUCACGCAACCUUCGUGCCUGCCUUCUCUGUGCCAUUCUCCUCACAGACCGGCAGUUCUCAGACGAAGGCUGUCCGAAUUGUGAAUCCAUCUUGCGCACAACAGAACGACCCGAACAAACAACAAGUGCGCAUCAUGAAGGGCGGAUAGCCAUGAUGCAACCUACGGCGAGUUGGGUGGCGAGGUGGACACGGGUGGAUAAAUUCGUGGCAGGACUCUAUGCAGCGAAAGUACAAGGCGUGUUGGAUGAUGAGGUGGUGGAAGAGCUUGAAUCGAUGGGUAUCAAGUAUCGCCCUCGAGACGGCAGUCAAGUGGAUUAGAGGGUUCUCAAACAAUGGCAUUGUAAAUUGAAGGAAAACUAAAACUUGCGCCAAGUACA